AUCGUGUUGUUACUAUUCGCGCAAACCCUUGUGUUCAAUGUUUUUUCAUUUUAAAGUAUAUCUUGUGUGAAUAGACGUUUUAUUUUGCAAUAGAAGUGUUUUCUUAUUCGAACGUGAACAGAGUGUGUUUUGGAAAGUUACAAAAAAUAUACAUUUGCGCAAUUGUGCGAGAGCGAGUAGCGCCUCGAUGUCAAUAAACUUGUCGGUGAUAUUUUAUGGGAAAGGUGUGCCGCGUUGAUACCUGUUCGCGGCGGCAGGGUGCAUGAGAUCAGGAUGUCGGCGGGUGCGAUGGUGUCGUAGCUAGGAACGAGAUUAACAAGAUGCUGGUUUCAUCGUGUAUAUUUCGACACUCGCAGUCAAGUUUAAAACGAGCACUACGUUUCGACAUCGACGGACCAAGACUAUGCGUAUAUCCAAUACCGCAUGGCGACAUCUCAAGAGUAAUUCCCUCAGAUGCCUUAAAUACGACCAGCGAUGCAAGAUGAUUAAAUAAUAGAGAUAUUUUUGUAGAAAGAAAACAAACUAUGAGGAAGAGAUAGAAUAUUUUCAUCGAAUAUUUUUGGAGAUUUUUUUAUCGUAGAGACUACUUGUAAUGCUUGGUGCUUCAAAGUGUAGUGUGGUGAAAUAGAACUAUCGAUAGAUUGAUGCUUAUACUGUGAUUGGCGUUAUGAUGUCGACGAGCGAGGGUGAGGCUGUGAAAGUGGAGGGGGGGCAUGUCUCCGUCACAACCAUUAGUAUGUCGGGUCCAGAGACCAGCAAUGGUCGUUUCUCGUACAGUUCUAGCGGCGUACGCAUCAGUGUGUCUUCCGAGCCACACGAUGAAGACUCCACGGAUGCCGAAAUCUCGAAAAUCGACUUCACACAGCACCAAUAUGAGGUAAACAUGCGAAACAAAAAGAAGCGAUCGUCCAGCGGGCAGUACGACCAGGCUGUCGAGCAGGAGAGGCCGAUGUCUUGGGAGGGCGAGCUGUCAGACUCCGAGAUGGUCAUCGAUACCAGUGUAAACAACGAUGAGAACAGCAGCUCCCUCGAUCUGCAAUCGUCGCGCGAUUCCAUAGACACACUGCGUAAUGUGACCAUAAAGACGGAACCUCUCAAAACCGAAGCCUUCCAGAGUUUGGACGACCAGCGUGUUCUAGAUCUAAAAUACACUGUACCAUUGCAGUCGCACCAACGGAGUCUUAGUAUGAACAGGAUAUCAGUGCUAGCAGACAACGCAUCGCUGACUCUGGCUAGGCGGCCAUCUUCUCCCAUGAGCAGUGCCAAAUCAGCCCACUCCGACCAAUAUGAAUCGCCCCUAGCGCAUAACCCGAAUAUCGAAGUUCAGAACUUGACCAUCAAGAAAGAGACGCUUUCUGAGCUGAAGUGUGAACCAUCGAUGAGCAUGGACAAGUUACUGGGGCUGCACGGAUCACCUUUGCUUGGCCGCCUGCCGAGAGUACAGUCCAGUGCCAGCACCGACUCUGCCGUACAUUCUAUGUACACGCAUAGCGUAUACAGCAGUCCAUCAGCCAGCCCUCGACCGUCGAGGCAUUAUACGCCGUCUCUUUCUCGCAACAACAGCGACGCUUCUCACUCAUCGUGCUAUUCCUACAGCUCGGAGUUCUCGCCUACACAUUCACCAGUACAGAGUCGACAUCCACACGUAGUAUACCGAGAAGCAACCGUGUUCCCGGCGUCACCCGCACACGAUGAGGACACUGAUACGACCGACGAUCGACUCCAUCAUCACCAGGGCAUCAGUAGGCAGCAACUGAUCAACAGCCCUUGUCCAAUCUGCGGUGACAAGAUCAGCGGUUUCCACUACGGUAUAUUCUCUUGCGAGUCUUGCAAAGGUUUCUUCAAGCGGACAGUUCAGAAUCGCAAGAACUACAUGUGUCUAAGAGGAGGAAAUUGCCCAGUAACUGUUGCUACUCGCAAAAAGUGCCCCGCUUGUCGGUUCGACAAGUGUUUGGGUUGCGGAAUGAAGCUCGAAGCGAUAAGGGAAGACAGAACUCGCGGAGGUCGCUCGACGUAUCAGUGUUCAUAUACACUGUCUGGUGCCGCGUCUACAGGUUCGUUGCUCUCUGCGCAUGCGCCAACCACGCUCCGGCACGCAUCCAGCCUCACUUGCGUAAAUGGCCCUGGGUCGUAUAGCAGUCGAGGAGAAUCAAGUAACAGCCGACUCACGCCUGACAUACCCCCAUUAUUGCAGGAAAUAAUGGAUGUGGAACAUUUAUGGCAAUACAACGAGUCAGAGCUGAGCCGCAUGAGCAAGUCCACCGGCAGUCCGUCCGCGAACCCCCUACUGGCCGCCAGCGGGAUUACUGCACAGAACUCCAGUGCGGACUUCCUUGCGGACCUGUGCAACAUCGCGGACCAUCGGCUGUACAAAAUAGUCAAGUGGUGCAAGAGUCUGCCCCUUUUCAAGAAUAUUUCGAUCGACGACCAGAUCUGUUUGCUGAUCAACAGCUGGUGUGAAUUGCUGGUGCUUUCCUGCUGCUACCGCGGGGUCAGCACUCCGGGAGAAGUUCGUGUUGGGGGAGGCCGGGGAAUCACCCUUCAUCAAAGUGCCAAAUAUGGUCUGACGCCUUGUAUAGAACGAAUGCUCAGCUUCACCGACCAUUUGAGGAGGCUACGAGUCGACCGAUACGAAUAUGUUGCGCUCAAGGUCAUUGUCCUUCUCACUUCAGAUGCUCCCGAACUUCGAGAAGCGGAGAAGGUACGAGCUUCGCAAGAAAAAGCGCUUGCAGCGCUGCAAGCGUAUACCGCAGCUCACUCGCCAGAUACGCCGGCUAAGUUUGGGGAACUUUUGCUGCGUAUCCCCGAGCUGCAACGAACUUGCCAGUUCUUCAUGCAAGUCGGCAAGGAAAUGCUCAACCCCGCCAACAAGGGCAAGGACGGUGAAGGUCCCAGUUUCAACCUCUUGAUGGAGCUCUUGAGGGGCGACCACUAACCUGCAGUCUGAUAAAGUCGAAACUAUUGCUCAAGAACGUACGAGACUAAACUGUAAAAUAUACUUAAGCCUGUAUAAUGACAUUACGUAUUACCUAAUGUGACUGUAAACCAGCGAAUGGAAAACACGCUCACAACAAUUACAAGGAAAUAUAUGAACGGCGUAACUCUAGAGGCAGGAAAACUUGCCUGGGUGGCAUUAUAAGGGUUGGCAAAGUGCACGCAAUUUAGAAAAGAUUUGCACGCUCGCAACCUAAAAAACUAAAUUCAUGUCAACAGUGCAAAAUCAAUUUAAUGCGCAUUGUAUUAAAGCUCAAAUUUGCCUACAUUUCUUCAGCACUGUCUUUUGACACAACGUUUGCAAAAUAAAAUCAGAAGUAGAUAAAUUGCGACUGUAAAAAGAGUGUCAUUAGGUGCAUUUUAUUUUGAGAGUGUAGAGUUUGAUAUGCGAAAUCUUGUAUUAAGGUUUGAUAGACGUAUAACGCGCCCUUACUUAUUUUUAACUGUAACUAUUCUGUCGUUACGCUACAUUUAAUGAGGAGGCGAGAGUUUAGCUGUUUAAAUAUAUUUCAUUGUGAUGCAUGAUCAAGAAAGUUUGCUAGCUAGAAUGUGUAAUUAAAAAAAUGUAGUUAGUUUACGAAAAUGGAACAAUAAAAAUUGACUGCCUGUGUGAUAUUACGAUAUUGCCUUGUAAAAUCUAAGUCCCAAGUGAGUCGGCCUUUAAUAAAAGACUGCUUUCAUGAACAUGUUAUGUAAUAAUAUAGUCAUGCGUACUUACGGAUGUAAGUACCUAUUUUUAGUCUUCGACCUUUCAACCUAUGGAAAAGAAGCUGUGUCGAAAUCGGUGUAAACUGCAGUUAAGAUAAAAAGAAAAAAAAAAGUCUUUAACUCCAGAUCAUUAUGA